GGAACACUGAAGAACAAUAUUUGAGACCAUUGGGUGAUCGAAACUGAGUAGUCGCCACAGUCUUUAAAUUCUAGACGGAUAACGGAAGAUAGUACUCUCCGUACAAAUUGUCGAGUCCGAAGACGAUUGUCUAACUUGCGAAUUGGAUUUUUUUGUGAUCGAACUGAAAUAAGAUAAGAUAUUCAAAUCAUCAAAUCGACCGAAUACUAUUGCGAUCAAAAAAUGAGUGAAAACGGUCCAGAGAGAACGCGUCCGUACAUUCUUGUUACUGGGACUCCCGGAACUGGAAAGACUACGACAGCAUCUCUUAUUGCGGUGAGGACAAAACAUCGGAUGAUUGAUCGACUUUUUGGCGAACUCGAUUCAUCUGGAAUGGGAGGCCUAUCAGGACCAUUCCUUUUGAAUUAAACACGACAAUGAGUGCACAAUUGGAAUACGAUUCACUGACUUAUUGAUUUGAUUUUCGCUUCAUCUUUGUUGUCAUCAUACGAAAUCUGCAUCAUACAUCCAUCGUACUCAAAGGAAAAAACCGGUAUGCAGCAUGUCAAUGUGGGAGAACUGAUCAAACAACUAAAAUGUUACGAAGGUAGGGACGAAGAAUUGGACACUAAUGUUUUAGAUGAAGACAAACUAUUGGAUGCAAUGGAAGUUAUAUUGGAUAAGGCGGCCGAAGAAGGUAAAGGAAUUGUAGUUGACUUUCAUGUCUGCGAAAUAUUUCCCGAGCGAUGGUUUGAUCUAGUUCUAUGCCUUCGAACGUCUACUGAUGUGCUUUUCGAUCGAUUGACAAAGAGGGGAUACAAUGAAAAAAAACGGUCAGGUAGGAUUCUCAUUCCAUGUAUUUGUUGGAUAAUUUGUAGCUUAAAAGAAUUAUUUCCGAUCUGGUUGCCUAGUUCAUUGCCAUUCGAUCUUUGUCUGACUUUUCCUGAUUGCUCAUGUUAUAAAAUCUCGUUCAACAGAGAAUAUGGAGGCAGAAAUUAUGCAAGUCAUUCUCGAGGAAGCGAGAGAAUCCUAUGCGCACGAGAUAGUGCACGAGGUACAAUCUAAUACCGUCGAAGAUAUGGACAAUAAUGUUAUCAGGGUAGAACAGUGGGGCAAGCAAUGGUUGCAAGAUAAAGGCUAUGACUAAAACCCAACAUUCUCAAAGCAAUAUCGUAC